AUGAUUUUAUAUGGAAUUCCUCUUAUUUUUAGUUAUGCGGACCUAAUUUUAGGCAUAGAUCUAGAAAUACAAGGCAUUAUAGAUUUAGGUCCAAAAUGGAGCUAUAAAUAUAAAGUAUCACCUCUGAGGCAUCUGGAACUUACUACUAAAAAUAGUAAUUUGACAAAACUCCUGUAUGUAUCGAAAGAAAAAAAACUAAGAAAAGAUAAACAAAAUAAAUCAGAAAAUGAACUUCGAUACAAACAAACCUUAAAUAAUGAAAACUUGUCAUAUGAUAGCGAGAAUACUUUACGCAAUAAAUUUCCCGAUACUAUGAAUAAAGAAAAUGUUUUUUCUAAAUAUACCAAAAGUGGUAAUAACAGUCGUAGCACACCAAUAUAUUCUGAAGAUAGUGUAUCAACCAAUGAACAGAUCGAAAAGAAGAAAAAACAUAGCAAAAAAUACAAAAAGUCAGAGCAGAAACAUAAAGAAGAUAAGUUAAACAUUAAAACAAGAUUAAGACAGUCCAAGGUUAAGGAUGAUACAAAAAUACAUAAUUAUACUAUACACAUUUUUAAACAAUCACUGAAAAUUUUUGAGAAUUUCAAGAAAAUGACAGAUAGUUUGCAAAUACAGCGUAAAAUUAACAAGUUGCAAAAUGAUUUUGAGGAUAGAUUUAAUAUUUUUUUAAAACAAAACGAAGAGUAUGGCUUAAGAACGAAUUUAGCAACACACAAAGUUAUAUUAAAUACAAUAGACACAGCAAAUAAAAUGAUGCAAAGAUGUUUAAACUACCUAAGUAAAGAUGAAACCGUGAACCGUCAUCUGGGCAAAGGGUAUUUAUUUCAAAAGGAAUUAAAUAAACAAAGUGAAAUAGAGUACAUUCAUGCUUGCACAAAAUUAGGCGUGUGUCGCACGAACGACGAUUACAUUCAAUUUAUUAUUAAUAUACUAACAACAAUAUUACACGCUGACGAUUCAAAAAUCAAACAAGCGUCUGAUGCGUUAACAGAAAUCGUGAAAACUAGUGAUUUUUCAAAAAUAAUCGAUAUUCAAGCCGAGUCAAAAUUAAGUAAAUCGAUGACAGAAAUCGAAUCGUGGGAUUCAUUCGUGACAAAGGCCAUGUUUUUAAUAUUUAGAAAUGUUUUAAUAAAUAGAAAUAAGCCCAUAUUUAUAAUGGACGUUGUAGACAAAGACGUGGCUCGGAAAACAGUAGCGUUACUGCAUUUAAUUGAUAUAAUAAACAAACAGAUGAAUAAUAUUCAAAAUAAGAACAAAUGGCGGGAAAUUGAAAAGCAGAUGGAGGAAUGGAAGGAAGGCAACCGCCAGGACGUACAAACUAUUUUGGAAAGAAUAAUUAAGCAAUUAGCAGAAGAGUUGGCAAAAUCAGAUUAUGAAACGAAGCAAAAUAUAAAUAAUAAUAUCAAAUCUAUUAGCGCAAAAAUGGUACCC